AUGAGUCAACCAAAAACGUCAGACUACCACCGUCAAGCGAAUACAAUCAUCAGCCACCAAAAGCGUCAGCCACCGUACCACAACCCCCAGAACGUUCAGCCACUCAACCCCAGAAGCCCCACCGUCAGCGAACAUCAUCACUCCCCCAGAAGCGUCAGCCCACAGCCACAUGCGUCAGCCCCACAGUCAGCACCCCAUAACCAGCCCCCAUACGUCAGCCACCGUCAGCCCCAAGCGUCAGCCCCCAUAAGCCCCCAUCCAGCCCCGUCAGCCCCAGAACGUCAAGACCAAAGCCAGCCCACCGUCAGCCCCCAGAAGCGUCAGCCCUUGUGGCCGGCGAGACAUCUCAUAGCUCCGAAUCGCCGGAUCGGCAUAUGGGAUCAUGCAUCAGACUUAAAGUCCUCAGUUGUCUAA